AUGAGUUAUCACAAAUUCAAUGAAUCACAAAGGGAACAGCUUGUGCUCAGGAGGUUGAACCCAGAAGCAAAGCUCGAAACUUUCUUGCAGUGGCUUCAGGCAAAUAGGGUGGAACUACGAGGUUGCAAUAUCAAGUACUGUGAUUCCAGAAAAGGGUUCGGCAUUUUUUCUGAUAAAGAUGUUUCUGAUGGGAUUCUGUUGGUUGUUCCACUUGAGUUAGCAAUUACUCUGAUGAGGGUGUUGCAAGAUCCUUUUCUAGGACCAGAAUGUAGAGCAUUGUUUGAAGAAGGAGAUGUAGAUGACAGGUUCUUAAUGAUGUUGUUUUUUACUGUGGAGCGUUUGCGUAAGGGUUCUCUAUGGAAGCCGUACCUUGAUAUGCUUCCAACCACUUUCGAAAAUACACUUUGGUUUAGCGAAGAAGAACUUCGAGAGCUGAGAGGGACUAACUUGUAUCGUGCAACUGAGUUACAGAAGAAAAGCCUGUUGAAUUUGUAUGAAACUAAAGUGAAGGAUUUAGUGAUGAAACUUUUGAAUCUUGACGGAGAUUCUGAGAUUGAGGUGUGCUUUGAAGAUUUCCUGUGGGCAAAUUCAGUUUUCUGGAGCCGUGCUUUGAACAUUCCAAUGCCUCGUUCUUAUGUAUUUCCUGAGAUGCAAGAUGUUCAUCAUAGUUGCACUCCAGAAGCUGAUGAAAAGGGAAGCGAGGCUACAAAAAUAGACGAUCUAACCAAGGAAACGACACAUAGCACAGUGCAUGGAGAGACCGUUUGGGUUGAGGGUCUUGUCCCUGGUAUUGACUUUUGCAACCAUGAUUUGAAGCCAAUAGCAACAUGGGAAGUUGAUGGGAUUGGCUUAACAACAGGAGUUCCUGUCUCCAUGUAUCUUCUUUCCGUUGCUCAAAGUCCCUUGCAGAUUGAUCGAGAAAUUUCCAUUAGUUAUGGCAACAAGGGAAAUGAGGAACUUCUAUAUCUGUAUGGCUUUGUCAUUGAUGGUAACACAGAUGACUAUCUCAUGGUAAUGUUACACUUGUAUCUUGUGUUCACCAAGCGUAAAAUUUCUACUUAA